CGACAUUUCAGAAUCAAGGGUCGGUAGGUCGGCAAUAAAGAGAUGGUGUGGUGCAAACGUCAUUUGAUGCAGACAGAGCAGUAACUUCGUAGCUUCCCCCUCCAAAUUUCUAUCCCGCCACGAGACAAACACUUGGGCUUCGAGGUCAACACCACCCUCUCCCAAACAACAACUCACUACCUAUUGAACUAAAAUCCCCGAUCAAUUCAUGUUAUCCGUGUCUGUCAAUCGGAAUUUGCGACACCUCAUCUCAUCUUCCUUAGACAUCGUCGUCUACCUGCACUACGUACGAGCCACUCAUCUGUUACCCCGCCCCACAUCUUAAAGUUUGGCCGGGCGGAAGCUUUCAGCCUUUCAGGCACAGUGAGGGGCUUUUUAAACCAGCUUUAGCUCAGAGCAGUUGCUUGCUAGUGUUUGUCAUUGGGGAAGGGAAGCUGGGCUCAGUCUUGCUUGAUCCAGUUACAUCACAUACAAAUUACAACAACCACGCCAGGGCAACUGAAUAGCUCAAGCAGUAGCUAGGUUGCAGCCAGGCAGUUGCCUUUGAAAUUGGGGGGAGAAAAAAAAAAACGAAGCACCUUCGAAUCGGCGACUGACCAGAAAACUAACUCUCGACAAUGUCGGAAGCGGGCGAUAGCUCACACAAACGAUCAAAAUCCAGGUCGUCCGCUGCCCUUUCGAUACUUCGUCGAAAAGAUCGGAAAAGCGGCGACGAGGACGACGGCAUCUCCGACGACGGCUCCUCCCAGGGCCAAACCCAUCGCUCACGAAACUCUAUCAGUCUCGCGCCACCUCUGACCUCUAGUCUUUCGCACACCUCUACAACAAUGUCGCAGCAACCCUCGGCCGCUCCCCUCUCCUCCAGAGGACACACCAGAGUCUCCUCGACCAGUAUUCCAUCCUACCAACAAGGCCCAUCAUCUGCAUCCAAGUCCAAUAUGACCCUGGUCGAUAAGGCUGCCUCCCUCGAGCAAUCCGUACGAAAGUUUCGCGUGGUCGAGGCCUUGCGCAACGGCGACUCGGCAUCAAUUUCCAAGGCCAUCAGGGAGUCUGCAGACGGCGGCCGGCGCGCAAGCAGCGUGUCCUUGACGGGUGGGAGUGGGUUAAUACUCGACGACACUACGGUUCUGCACCUCGCCAUUCAGUGCGCGGAACUCACUGUCGUCGAAUACGUUCUCUCUGACGGCGCUGGCUACAUUGACAUCAACUCGCGCGACAAGGAUGGAAAUACCCCACUUCACAUCGCAGCCCAGCAGGGCCGCACGCAAAUUGUGCGAAUGUUGCUCGAACGAGAGGGCAUCAACGAUUCCAUCGCGAACUCCCAGGGUCGUCUCCCGAUCGAUCUGGCCCGCAACCCUGAUAUCUUCCAGCAGCUGCAACUGUCACGGUCCAUCUUUGCAGAUGAAAAGGUCAAAGAGGUGCAGCAGCUAAUCGCUGCCAGCGACUACAAAAAGUUGGAGGAGCUCCUCGAAGAGCCCCGGGUCAAGAUGGUCCUCGACAUUAAUGGCACCGAAUUCGUCUCUGAUCCGAUUACGUCGCAAUCGGGCGGGACCCUGCUCCAUGAGGCUGCUAGGCGCAAGAACAACAAGCUCAUCCAGGUCCUGCUGCUGCAUGGCGCCGACCCCUUCCGCAGAGACCGCAAGGGCAAGCUGCCUCAGGAUGUGACCAAGGACGACGUGACCAGGGCCAUGCUCAAGAAGUCACCCGCUGCAGUUGCAGCCCAGCGGGGUAUCCAGGAGAAGACAGUUCUCGGUCAGGCCGCGUCCCAAGGCGUAGCGUCGGCAUCCCCCGGGGACCCGUUGGCAGGUCGUGAGGCCAGAGAGAUGAAGGGAUACCUGAAGAAGUGGACAAAUUACCGCAAGGGCUAUCAGUUGCGCUGGUUCGUACUCGAAGACGGGGUGUUGAGCUAUUACAAGCACCAGGACGAUGCCGGUUCUGCAUGCCGUGGCGCCAUUAAUAUGCGCAUCGCUAGACUGCACAUGAGUCCGGACGAGAAGACCAAGUUCGAGAUUAUUGGAAAGUCAUCUGUCAAGUACACCCUAAAGGCCAAUCAUGAAGUUGAGGCCAAGCGAUGGUUUUGGGCCCUGAACAACUCUAUCCAAUUUUCCAAAGAUCAACAAAAGGAAGAGGACCGUCAGAAGGCUCGCGAUGCUGAGCUACUCGCUCAGGCCAAGGCGGGACACAACCACAGCGGAUCGAUCGCCGGGGAUGUUUCUGAGGCUGCCAGUGUGGCCGAGUCGAAAUCAAGGGCAAGCCUCCAGAUUAACAGGAUGCACUCAACCGUUUCGCACCGGCCCAGUGAGAUGGGUGCCAGCACUGGUGGUAGCGAGGCUGGAGAUGCCCCUGUGAACGACGGGGGAUAUGAAAACGAAGGCGGGAAAGGUACUGGUACAGCGCCAACCAUGUAUGAUGACCCUGACGAUGAUGACGACGAAGAUAACAACUCGAGCGGGGCCGGUGGACAGCCUCCAGUGACCAAGGAUGCGUUUAACAUCACGGCGCAAUCUGCCCGCCUGCAGUUGGAGACUCUUGCUUCAGUCAACGCGGCCAUGAUUGCCGAGUCUGGCAAGCAGCCAAGCCUUUCCCUGUCAGACCCACAGGUGACGCAGGCGUUGCAGACUUACGAUGCAGCCGUUCGAUCGCUGACUGGGCUGGUCGGUGAUCUGUUACGCAUCUCGCGCGAUAGGGACGCAUACUGGCAGCACAGGCUGGACCGAGAGUCAGACAUGCGACGUAUGUGGGAAGAGAGCAUGGCACAGGUUGCCCAGGAGCAGGAGGAGCUCAAGGCGAGGGUAGGAGAGGCUGAGGAGAAGAAGAAGGCUGCAAAGAGGAUCCUUAAGGAGGUUAUUGCUUCCGGCGGUCUCGAGGAGCAGACCGCCGCAGGGUUGGGCAUCGACUCUUCACCGGCGCUAAUUCAGUCUGAGGCUGUCGAGGCAGAGGCAAAUGAUACACCUAAGCCGGCAGCUGAUGCCGCUUUUACUCGGACAAAGUCGCCCGUUCUUAGUGUUCAGCGACGACAGACGGCACUCGCUCAGGUCGCUGACAUGUCAGACUCGGAAACGGAAGACGAGGAUGAGUUCUUUGACGCCAUCGAUGCUGGCGAAGUUGAGGUUGAUGCCGCUAUGCCGCAGUUUGAGACUUCGCCUGCUCAGGAAACCAACCAAAUAGUGGUCUCUUCUGGUGUCGAUAUCAGCAGCUCAUUCAAGGGUUAUGAGAACGGGAUACGAACGAGGCUCAAGAUUGAUACUGAUGACAGGCCAAAGAUCUCACUCUGGGGAAUCCUCAAAUCAAUGAUUGGCAAGGAUAUGACCAAGAUGACUCUGCCCGUCACCUUCAACGAACCUACGUCGCUAUUAUAUCGGUGUGGUGAAGAUAUGGAGUAUGCAGACCUGCUGGAUCUUGCCGCUGAGCGAUCCGACUCUAUCGAGCGUUUGGUUUAUGUGGCGGCAUUUGCAGCGUCCGAGUACGCUUCGACAAUCGACCGAGUAGCCAAACCGUUCAACCCGCUUCUAGGCGAGACGUUUGAGUACGUCCGGCCAGACAAGAACUACCGUUUCUUCAUCGAGCAGGUCAGCCACCACCCGCCGAUAGGUGCUGCAUGGGCUGAGAGCCCGAACUGGACUUACUGGGGCGAAUCUGCGGUCAAGUCCAAGUUCUAUGGCCGGUCAUUCGAUAUCAACCCGCUCGGAACUUGGUUCCUGAAGUUGCGGCCCAAAUCGGGCGGAAAAGAAGACCUGUACACUUGGAAGAAGGUUACCAGCAGUGUGAUUGGCAUCAUCACCGGUAACCCAGUAGUGGACAAUUACGGGCUUAUGGAGAUCAAGAACUGGACUACAGGCGAGAUUUGCUACCUGGACUUCAAACAACGAGGCUGGAAAGCGUCAUCUGCGUACCUUAUCAGCGGCAAGAUUGUUGACGCUGACGGACGGGUUCGGGUCAGCUUGGGUGGACGAUGGAACUCGCGCCUGUACGCGCGACUGACACCGGGGUACGAGGCGACAGUUGAGGAGCCGAAGAACGCCGAAACGGCCGGAGUGCACCGUGGUAGCAUGACGGACACAAAUAAGGCCUUUGUGGUGUGGCAGGCGAACCCGCGGCCCAAGGGCAUACCGUUCAACCUGACGCCAUUCGUCAUGACGUUUAACCACAUCGACGACAAGUUGGAGCCUUGGCUGGCGCCGACCGACUCACGACGCCGUCCAGACCAGCGGGCAAUGGAAGAGGGGCGUUACGACGACGCGGGAGAGGAGAAGAACAGGCUCGAGGAGGCACAGCGGGCGCGCAGGCGCAAGCGUGAGGAAAAUGGCGAGGAAUUCGCGCCCAAGUGGUUCGAGAAGGCAAAGUGCGAAAUCACCGGCGAAGAAUACUGGCGUUUCAACGGCGGGUACUGGGAGGCGAGGGAGCGGGUGGCAACUGAGGGUAAGAAGGCGUGGGAGGGUUGCGAGCCGAUUUACGAAGAUGCUUCUUCCUAAUGGGUUGCGCUCGAAAGAAGUUUGCGGGUCAGGCUGUCUGGUGUGUCUUUUUGUGUAGAGGCUUUUAUCUUUUUGUUGGUGGGAGAUGUGUAUACACAGACUCUUUCUCGAUAAUAUCGUCUUUUUGUAUCCCUUAUCGCCAGUGUUGGCAUAUUAUAUUAUACAACGGGGACCUGUACGCGGAAGUCUUGUCUAUGUUUAAAACUAGAA